GAUAAAAGACGAGGCUUCAACUCAAAAGAUAAAUUGUUAAUCAUUUUUAAAAUGACUUUUCCUCCUGGCAUUUAAAACAUCAAAAUAAGUUAAAUUAUUUGAUUGAUUUUAGAUGUGCAUACUAUUUUACACAGCUAUGUUUCCAUUGCUUCUGUUGUUGGGGUUUCUCACCUUCACUUUGAGUGUCCCUCAUGAGUAUGUCUUUGUAAAUGAGUCCAAGACUUGGGCAGAAGCUCAGAGAUACUGUAGAGAUAAAUACACUGAUCUGGCCACCAUUGAAAAUGAACAACAGACAGUCCAGUUGAUUGACACAGUGAAUGAUGAUUCCAUUGAUUUGGCCUGGAUUGGAUUCUAUGAUGAUCUGAACAGUUGGAAAUGGACUCUAGAGGAUAGUGAUUUCUUCAAGGUGGGAGAGAAAGAUUUUAGGAACUGGUAUAACCCAGGACCAGACAAUUAUGGAGGACAAAGUAUGUGUGUGUUUAUGAACAGUGGUAUAUGGUAUACGACAUACUGUUUCGAAUAUCAUCCUUUUAUCUGCUAUGAUGGAAGACAGAAUGCCAGUGCUAGUUAUGUGUUUGUAAACCAGUACAAAACCUGGACUGAAGCACAGAGAUACUGCAGAGAACAUCACACAGACCUCGUCAGUAUCAGGAAUGAGACUGAAAACCAGAAGAUCCAGUAUUUAUUAAAGAAUAACUAUUAUUAUUAUGUUUGGAUCAGACUGUAAAGA